CACAUCGCGAGCAGAAUACACCAAACUCUGCAGAUACGACCCUCUUUCCCCAUCCCGGCUUUCGUCUGUCGUCGAGCAACCACGACCCGUCGCGGCCAUUAAUUUCAUCGACAUCUCCUAUCCACAACCAUGAUACCCGCAUCUGCUGCCGAACCAGAGGCUCCCGCGAUGGCCGCCCACCCCCAGCCUAUCUCAGAAUCAGAAUCGCCUGAGUCCUCCUCCUCCGCAGCCGCGAACCCUGAAUCGUCCGGCGCCAAGGACCCAUCAGCACCAGCGCAAUGCCGAUCAACCUCGAAUGCGCCUCCGCCUCCGCCGUUGCCACCAAAGGAUCUGGUGGAAUCAUCGACGAAUGCUCAAACCGCAGCGCCCGUAUGGCCACCGGCACCAGCAGCAUCGGUGCCGGCAACGCAGGCCACCCUGCCUGCUCUCGACAAUGAGCCCGUGGCUGCAAGUCUGUUCCCCGAGGUCCCCUCGGCCUCGCUUGUGCCGGGCGCAUCUUCUACCAUCUCUGUGCCGGCAGCGACAUUGCCAUCCUCGGGACUGGCGACGUCGCCGUGGAUGGCGGCCUCUGCGUCGGGAUCGACGGUGACGCCGGCAACCGUUGCCCCUGGUGCCGGCGGGCCCGAGCCAAGACACCACCCGUCGCUAUUCUUCAGCCCGACAACCAGGCUCGCAAGCGACUCUCAUCGCGAGACGGCGUCGGUGGCAGCCUCGUCCGAGAGCCGAUAUCCAGUGCCGCCGCCGCGCUUGACCCACACCCAGCUCCCUCCAGGCUACGUCCAGCCGGUCAUGUCCCGCCGGGCCUCGACUUGGUCGUCCAUCUCGUCGGUUGGACAAAAGUUCAUCACCACCAUUCCCCCGGGGAGCCCCGUCACGCCCGGGCCGGUGCUCGACAACACCGUCGACCGCGAGUCAUCCAAUGUCCCGUUCCUCUUUCCCGCCCUCGGCCAGCCCAUGGUGUACUCGCAGCUCCCGCGUGAGGUCAUGCCCCAGUCGCAAGGCGCGGGCAUCACCGGCCGCAAGGCGUCGACAGCCUCGAGGGUCUCCAAGCUUGAGGCGCACCACUUUUCGCUGCUCGAGCAGCCGGAUCCGGCCAACUCGUCGACCUCAACCAUCCUCCACACCCACGACGACUCGUGUGGGUCGCUCAAGAUUGAUCCAUCGUCGCUGGCACCCGGCAAUCUGAUCAUCUAUCCGCUGGUCGCGUGCGAUGACACUGUCAUGAUCAUCGAGAAGCCCGACGAUCGACUCUUCCAGAGGAACAUCCCGAUGCUGCUCUUUCUGUUUGGCUUCUUUGCGCCGCCGCUGCUGUGGGCAAUUGGCUCCUUCUGGGUCCGCUACAAGGAAAGACAUCUGAAGGUCUGGGGCUAUGCCAACAUGACCAUGUUCACCUUCACAGCGGUCUUGUCCUUGUCGAUCAUUAUCUGGGGAAUUGCGGGCAACUGGACCUUCCAAACCAAUAUUCACUAGCAACUUCGCCUCACCGGCCCGCCAUCCCCUCGCUCCUCAUGAGCCCAAGCUGCUCCCCUGCUCGACCAUGUCCUUUCCAAUCCGGGCCUUCCUCAUCCAUCCCAUCUCAUCUCUCCCAUCCCAUCUC